UUGUUUGGAAAAAUCAUUGCCCAAGAAAAUGUUCACGAUUGUCACUGACUUAUACAUUCUAUGUGGAGUCUCCCAGAUUUAUCAUGCAGAAACAUUAUGGGCUAUCAACUAUAAUAAGAAAACCUAAUUUUGAUGGGCUUUAUGGGCUCAACUUCUCUUUCUCUCUCCUUCCAUCACAUUCAACAGAGUCGUGCAAAAACCAACCGACCUAAACCCAUUAACUCCACCUCGUCUCUCUUUUCAUUUCCGUUUUCUUCAAUUUGUCGGUUUAAUAAAUCCCCAAUUUCUCUCUCUCUCUCCUCAACCUUGCUCAGACUUAUCCGAUCUAGGGUUCAUACUUCUUGUUCCCUCUUUUAUCGGAUCAGGUCUGAGCAUUUUAUAUCAACAUCAACUCUCUGGUCCGCAGAUCCUUAUUCACAAGCCUAGUUUUCAUGUCGGAUAUCGACGUCCAGAUUCCCGCUGCUUUUGAUCCUUUUGCUGAUGCAAAUGCUGAGAACUCUGGUGCUGGGUCAAAAGAUUAUGUGCACAUCCGUGUACAACAGAGGAAUGGUAGAAAGAGCCUGACAACAGUGCAAGGAUUGAAGAAAGAUUUUAGCUAUAACAAGAUUCUCAAGGACCUCAAGAAGGAGUUUUGCUGUAAUGGUACUGUUGUUCAGGACCCAGAAUUAGGCCAGGUGAUCCAACUGCAAGGUGAUCAGCGGAAGAAUGUGUCUACCUUCCUAGUUCAGGCUGGCAUUGUGAAGAAGGAACACAUAAAAAUACAUGGUUUCUGAGCUGCGACGGCUCUAGAUCCAUACGUUGUGCCUGUUCUGUGUCACAGUUGUAUGGUAGCAGAAGUUGUGGACUCGUUUAUCGUAAUAUAACUCUGGUGACAAGCAUAUAUGUGUGUAGUGUGUUAUAAUAACUCUGGUGGUUAGCAUAAGUUUGUGUGGUAGUGUUUCUGUUGCUGUGUCAUGCAGAGCACAUGGAAUUUGCGACGGAUGUUAAUGUCUUUGACAAUAAUCGUCUACAUUAUGAUAUAAUGAUGAAAGGUUUGCGUACUUCA